GUAUGAAAGACAAUAAUGAAAGCUUCAGUGAGUAAAUACGAUGAAUUCCUGCAGCCUCUGACGCCGUGUUUCUGUGUUUUCCAACCAGUGAUUCGAGCAAAGGUGGUGGGAGAGAGAGAAGUGGAUUCUGGGAACGACAUCUAUGGGAACCCCAUCAAGAGGAUCCAGUAUGAGGUCAAACAGAUCAAGAUGUUCAAGGGACCUACCCAGGACAUCGAAUCUGUCUUCACUGCUCCCGUGUCCGCCGUUUGCGGCGUCACCCUUGAUGCCACCGGCAAGAAGGAGUAUCUGAUCUCAGGCAAGGCCGAGGCCAGCGGCAGCAUGCAUGUGACUUUGUGUGAUUACAUCAUGCCCUGGGACUCCUUGAGCACCACCCAGAAGAAGAGCCUCAGCCAGCGCUACCAGAUGGGCUGUGACUGCAAGAUUGUGCGCUGUCCCUCUCUGCCCUGUGAAAUCUCGGCUCCUGAGGAGUGCCUGUGGACAGACCUGAUGAUCGAGAAGCAGGUGCACGGCCGCCAAGCCAACCAUUACGCCUGCGUCAAGAGGGCAGACGGCUCCUGCUCCUGGUACCGCGGCGUCGCACCACCCAAAAAGGAGUUCCUGGAUGCCGAGGACCCCUAAGCACAUGCGACAGCACGCCGCAGAGCCUGACGGAGAUAAAUGUACACAAUUCCAAUGAAAUAAAGUAAUUUUUUUUUUAUAAUUAAGAAAAAGGCAAAGCUAAUGUGACAGAAAUGACCUGCUGGUCUGAAAACAACCCUUUGCCACUCUUUAUGUUUGAAGAGGCUCAGGGGUUGUUCUCAGACACAGCAGCUCUGUAAAAACAACAAAACAGCAUCAUGAGACAUAGACUGGUCAAGUGAUGUAACUUCCUCCUGAGGCUGGCGUCAGGAGGAUAAAAAUUCUCAGUGAGACAGAGCACUUCCUGCCCCUUCAAAGCAAUUUUUAACAGCUCUGAUCUCCACCAAUCAAUUCCCAGUAUUCAGACAGCCAUUGGUUAUCCAUCAUCUUCCUGCUUUUAUUACCUCAUCCUCCAGUUUUCUUUAUUCCAAAGCCAAAUUCCAAGUUGCCUUUAUUAUUAUUUUUUUCAUUUCAUUUUGUUUAAAAUGAUUGUCUCCCCCUCUCCCUCUCUCUCCGAGCACUCUUAAUUCACAGUUUUCUCAUCGUCUCCGCCGGGAACUUUUUUUCACGCCCACACGACGACACGCUUUCUUUAAAAAGAUCGUGAAUCAUCUUGCAAUCUUCUCUGGUUUCUUUGGGUGGGGAUUUUUGCGUCCGUCACCGGCCUCACUGGACCAGUCUAUGCUGCGUGAAGAUGAGCGCUCUAAAUUUAAACACCACCUCUCCACUGCCCCAGAGUCCAAUCAGAAAUAUCUCAAAUUUCUCACACUUCCUCCUCCUUUCUUCCUCUUCACGUCCUCCCCUUUUCUUUGUUAUGUAGCUGUAGGGAACCUAUGCAUAUACUUUUGUUGUUACUUGAUAAUAAUAAUAAUUAUUAUUUACUGCUUUAGAACUAGAUUUGCACUUUUUGAGGAUGAGUUCCAGUAAAGACAAGAGCCUGAACACUCUGAUGUGACAGAUAUUAUCGUUCGCCCCGACCGACCGACAGAUCCACCUCAGGUGCAGAAUUUUUCGCCCAUUUUGAGUGCUUUGGUGAUUCAUAUUCAGAAAAAAGCGCGAGCAUAUCCCUUGCUAUCUUUGUCAUAACAUAUAAAGUAGUACUUGCAGUGAACAAAAAAGUGGAUGUGUGAAAGGUUUGGAUAAAAGGGAUCUUUUUGCAGAUUUUAUGUGUGAAAGAGAAACAAAAAAAGCGCUCCGGGGAUGUUAUUUCAGUGUCUUUGUAUUAUCUGUUGAUUGUAAAUGCAAACAGCAGUUUUCAUGAUAUAUUCUUGCAGACGGUUCAUUUCACGAGUAAUAAAAAAAUAAGGUCUUUAUACGCUUAAUAUUAGCUUUGACUUUCUUGCUCCUUCCAGUUAUUAAUGAAAGCUUUAUCGCUGUCCUAGAAAGCAGUUACUUAAUGUUUACAGUGCUGUUUUAUAAACCUCAAGCUACAUUAACAAAAAAUAUAUAUAUGAUGGAGUAUUAGAGGCAUAAUUUAAAAGUAAACUCUUUCCAGUUUCCAUUACUUUGUAUUUUUUUCAGUGUUAUUAUUAUACCUGUCUUUUUUUGUUUGGUUGGGUUUUUUUGUGAGUGUGUGUGCGUGCGUGUGUUUUCGCUGUCUUUGUCUACGAUGUCUUUAGCUGUAGUGUCGAAGGUCCUCUUGCGCUGGAGUAACGUGAGAGUGAGAGCGAUUAACCAGAGAAAGGUACAGAGAAAUGGGAAAUGGGUUCCUUGUGUGAAUAGAGGACUGUGCAUGUGUUUGAUGCUUUGUGUAAGUCCGGGCGAAGGACAAAGUAUUCAGUAUUAUCAAAUAAAAAAAACCACAAGUUUCAAAGAGUA